GUAAAUUUCUCUGGGGGUAGACUGGGUAUAGGGGACCAAGUUUGGAAGGAACCAGGCAUCUUGACUGAUAGCUGGUUCUUCAGGGAGGAAGAAACGAGGGAGGAGGGGGAUGGAAGGCAUCAUGCCAGGGAGAGGGUCCAGGGCUGGGUUGAGGAGGCAAUAGGCACGGCCCAGGCAGUGCCAACUCCUUUCCCCGCUGCCUCCCCCCAGUCCUUUGGUGGUGGUGGCAAGGGAGGAAGGGAGGGAGAGGGUGUUGGGGGUGGUGAUCUGGGCCGGUCCAGCCUCCCAAAGCCCUUGCCAACCUGGGUCCUGAAAGGAGCUGCUGUUUUCUGAGCCAUCCCCCCAUCCCCCACCCAGAGCCUGAGCAGCCAAGUUGUCUCAGCGGAUAUCAAAUGGCAAUGACUCCACCGAUGGAGGGUGGGUGGGGAGUGGGAGUGACAGGGGUAGCAGGGUUAUGGUUCCAGCCCCUCUGUGGCUCUAAUGCAGAACCCCUCUGCUAUCCCUUACCCUGAGGAAAAAAAAAAUCCAUCUCCCCCAACAUCUGACCCACAUCCAGUCUAUGGGUGCAUAUGUUUGUGUGAGGGGAUUAAUGAUCUGCCCGCUGGUAUCCCCCACCUCCUCCGUGUGCCCCAUUGAACCACAUUCUAGCUCCCUCCCACCUGCAUCACUGUGCAUAAGCUCAUUUACAGCUCCAGCUUGGUUGGCUUGAGCUAUAAGGAAGUGACUGGCAGAGGACCCAGGGACCUUCCUUCCCUUGACCUUCCUAGGGACCAGAGAGGCUGGGACACUUGGAUCACAAUGACGUCAGUUGCCAAGGUGUAUUACAGUCAGACCACUCAGACAGAAAGCCGGCCCCUAAUGGGCCCAGGGAUACGACGGCGGAGAGUCCUGACAAAAGAUGGUCGCAGCAAUGUGAGAAUGGAGCACAUUGCCGACAAGCGCUUCCUCUACCUCAAGGACCUGUGGACAACCUUCAUUGACAUGCAGUGGCGCUACAAGCUUCUGCUCUUCUCUGCGACCUUUGCAGGCACAUGGUUCCUCUUUGGCGUGGUGUGGUAUCUGGUAGCUGUGGCACAUGGGGACCUGCUGGAGCUGGACCCCCCGGCCAACCACACCCCCUGUGUGGUACAGGUGCACACACUCACUGGAGCCUUCCUCUUCUCCCUUGAAUCCCAAACCACCAUUGGCUAUGGCUUCCGCUACAUCAGUGAGGAAUGUCCACUUGCCAUUGUGCUUCUUAUUGCCCAGCUGGUGCUCACCACCAUCCUGGAAAUCUUCAUCACAGGUACCUUCCUGGCAAAGAUUGCUCGGCCCAAGAAGCGGGCUGAGACCAUUCGUUUCAGCCAGCAUGCAGUUGUGGCCUCCCACAAUGGGAAGCCCUGCCUCAUGAUCCGAGUUGCCAACAUGCGCAAGAGCCUCCUCAUUGGCUGCCAGGUGACAGGAAAACUGCUUCAGACCCACCAAACCAAGGAGGGGGAGAACAUCCGGCUCAACCAGGUCAAUGUGACUUUCCAAGUAGACACGGCUUCUGACAGCCCCUUCCUUAUUCUACCCCUUACCUUCUAUCAUGUGGUAGAUGAGACCAGUCCCUUGAAAGAUCUCCCUCUUCGCAGUGGUGAGGGUGACUUUGAGCUGGUGCUGAUCCUAAGUGGGACAGUGGAGUCCACCAGUGCCACCUGUCAGGUGCGCACUUCCUACCUGCCAGAGGAGAUCCUUUGGGGCUACGAGUUCACACCUGCCAUCUCACUGUCAGCCAGUGGUAAAUACAUAGCUGACUUCAGCCUUUUUGACCAAGUUGUGAAAGUGGCCUCUCCUAGUGGCCUCCGUGACAGCACUGUACGCUAUGGAGACCCUGAAAAGCUCAAGUUGGAGGAGUCAUUAAGGGAGCAAGCUGAGAAGGAGGGCAGUGCCCUUAGUGUGCGCAUCAGCAAUGUCUGAUGACCUGUUCCCACUCCCCCAUUCCUCUGGUCUCUUUUCCUCUCUUCCAAUGCCCUGGUAAGGAAUACUACCCGGGUUUACUGGAGAUCCCCCGAAGCACCCAUCCUCCACUCCCUCUUCUUUAACCCAGUGGCCUGUUGGUAGCUUAGGCCAACUGGAGUCCAGGUUCGCCUCCCACUGUCCCCUUUCCACUCCCCCAGCUUCUGCCCCAAUACACAUACCUCCCUUAAGCCAGGAUGGGGGAAAGAGAGGGAUUAGGCUGAAGUGGCUUAGAAGGCCUCAGCCAUGCUUGGAUACUCACAUUAGGAGGACCAUGUGGUUGGAAGGAUAGACUCCCCCCACCUCCCGCCACCACCAUGAAGUUUGGUGACUUGAGGCUGGAGCUCCCUCUGUUACCUUUCCAUCUAGCAAGUUCCCAAAGGCAAGACUCUCUCUGAUGGUCACUUUGUGGUCUGUGCUUUCAGAAAUACAGGAAUCUGAUAUCAAUAUAUCCUACGGUUUCUACCAAUCUCUGUUGAAAGAAGCCAGGGUUUGCCACCGUGAAGCUGAUUUCUGCUGGUGACUUCUGACCAUAACCUAGAACCAUGGUCACCACUAUUUUCCCUCUAUAGUUUCUCAAGUGAACACUCUCAGGAUACCCAGUUCCCUCUGUUCUCAGAGAAUUCGAGUUGGCCCAAGAAACAUAAACAUAUAACCACCCAUAUUUAUCCUGGAUUCUGAACUCUUCAAUUUGGAGUGACUAACACAAGUUGUUAUCUAAACCCUUAAACCUAUCUUCCAGGCAGCCCAGAGAAGAUCUGUUUCCCUGUGUCCUGUGAAUGGAAGGACACAAGCCAAUAUGUUCCUUUGAAAAGAGUCCAGUACCCAGGCCCCAUGGAAAGGUCUGAAAAUAAUAUUCCAGAUUACACUGUACCUGGCUUCUCUUCUUCCUUUCCUGCCCAGCCUGGAUCCUUCUUCCUUAACCCCAACUCUUUGGGAGAAGGGAGGGAAAAUGCAAGGGCCUUCCUCUCUUAACACGGAUGCUCAAGUGAAACUAGAUUCACAGGGCACAGACUCCCCAGAAAGUUAACCCAAUCCCACCAUGAGGGAUGGGUAAAUUCUCAGAUUUCCAAACUGCUGUACAAAGCCUCUGAGAAUUGGUGAUGCUUUGUUAAGGUUUGGGCAGAAGCAGAACUGUGGCUGGCAGCCACUAUUCUCAGUUACACCUCCUAGUGCCCUUCUGAAAAGUGCCAGCUAUUUCAUUAGGCAAUGCUGGAAGGAAAGGAAAUUAUACCCUCUGGUCAAAUAACCAUGGCUUCCCUCAGCCAUUCCUGAGACUUGAUAUAAAAUGAAGAAAAUCAGUGUCAUCUCUACUCUCCUCUGCCAUGAGGCCAUUUUCAGGCAACUUAAAAAGCAGACUUUAAGAGAUCAAACUCAGCCUAUUCCUUGUUCCCUUGGUGGGGUCUGUGGUAAGGGUCAGGGAAGGGCAUACAGGCACCAGAGCUUUGUCCAAAGCCCCAAAUCCCUAGAGUGCUUUCUGGUCUCACUUUGGUACCAAGGAAGCCCCACAUAGUGGUACUGCAUAGUCCCACUAUGAAUCAAGUGGCAGUUUAUUUAAGGUGGUCUCAGCCAAUUGUUACAAGCUGCAGAAUAUAUACAUGUAUCUAUGUACACAGCCUUGCAGAGAAACACAAAAUUUUGAGGCUAGACCCAUGAUCACCACCAACUAUAAUUGCACAAGGUCUUGCUAUAUUGAUCUCUCCUCUAACUCAACUAACUAUAUCUUGAAAACGAAGACCCUUCAGUGUCCAUCUACUUUAAACCCCACCAGUACCUUCUAGUUGGCAUAAAAACAAGAACCACAAAAACGUGAAAAAUCUGAAACAGAGAACAGAAGGCCAACAGCCAGCUUCUGCGUUCUCAACUUUAUUCAACAUUAGACUUACCUGAUUUCUUUCAGUAUGUAGGGACAAGAUGUACUGCUGUGUGUGUGUGUGUGUGUGUGUGUGUGUGUGUGUGUGUGUGUGUAUCUGUACCUUCUUAUCCAUUGGCAAGUUAACCUCCAUCUGGUUUAUUUUGCCAUGCUAUGCUUUCUUCCCAUUCUCCUGCUGUCUAUUCUAAGCCCCCAGACUCAAGCCUCUAGACUCUUGGAUGAAAAAGUGAGAAGAAAACAUUUUCUGACUUACCCUUUUGGAAUGUCCUCCAUUAUUAUCCCAGGCUUUGCUUUAAGUUGCACUUUAAAUCACACUGUCCUAUUAAUGCAAUUUGGCAUCUUCUCCCACAAGCCCCCCACAGGGAACAACUACCCCCAACCUUAACUCUAAAUGGUUCUUUAGACUAUAGUCUGUCUCCUCUGACCUGAAAUCCUCUUUUAGGCAAUAGGCUGAACUUCAGAAGCAGUCAGGUCUGGUGAGAAAUGGGCCCCCAUACCAACCAACUUGGAAUAUCAGGAGAGUAGUAGGCACAGGUGUAAAAAGGGGAGAUUUCAGAAGACGGGCAAGACAACUGAUGGGGGAAGAUACUUGGGGUGUGAAGAUGAGAAAGAAACAAUGCUGAGGGACCUAGUGAAAUCAAUGAAACUCUCGAGUCUUGCUUAGGCUCGCAAAUAAGAAGUGGGGAGGCUUGGGAAAUUAGGAUAUGACACAUAUGAAAGGUUUAUCUAAGAAGAAAGAAACAGAGAUAAUAUAUAUAUAGAAAGAUGUAUAUAGAUGUAUAUAUGCCCAAAUAUAUUGAAUGUACAGAAGGGAAAUAUUCAGAGACUUUAGCAUUGGGGGCAGAUAUCUUGGCCUGGUUAUGGGGUAGGACACCCAGAUUUCCAGACUUACAAUCAGUGGUCCUGGUUUCAACAUGGAAGUGAGAUAGAUCAUGAAGGAUUUCAAGUCUGGAAAUGGGAAAGGGAGGGGUAGAAGUUCCUUUUCAGAAAUAAAGAGGCAUUCAUGAAGGCUUUUGUUGAAUCCUAUGCUACUGAUAGGACCAGGAAGAGAGGAACUCGGAGGACAAUAGGGAGGGGAAAUCUUGGAAAAUCUACCACUUACACUGUGUGCCCCCAUCCCCAGCAGAGUCCUGCCACUGUAGCGCCUUUUUAAAAUAAAUAAAAUAAAAUAAAAUAAAAUAAAAUAAAAUAAAGUAAAGCACCCUUUGGUUUCCCUUUCAUGAAGUACACUGUAUUUCCCCGUCUUCCACAGGGGUGGGAGCUGCUAUUGCUCUAGCCCCUGAAAUCAAACUCAGGAGCUGAACACCUUGGUGUAUGGGAGGCACUAAUGGGAAGCCUCAACCCUGGAAUCCAAACGCCAGGACUAAUAGCUGUUGGGCUCAAGAUCUCCCAAGGUUGAGGCCCAGCCUUUUGUGUGGCUGCAAGCAUCCCAAAGAGAAAGCCAUGGAUUCCAGAAGAGUUCCAAUCCUGGCAUUUGGGCAUGGAGGGUGAUGCUUUGGUUUUGAUGCUUCUGAAUGAAAAUGAGGAGUGGGGUUACCAGCUGCUCUAGGGGGAUGGUGAAGUUCCAUGAGAAGCUUCCAAAAUCUCUGCAAUGUGCUUCACCCCAUUAUUCCCCCAACCCCUGUCAGCCUAAUAAAAUCAUCCAGGAGUUUCCCUAUAAGGUCUGAGCAGAGAAAGGAAGCCAGUUAUACUAUUGCUACAAGUCCAGGACACUGUGCCCUCCCCACGGCUGCUGCCCUGGUCCUUUAUUCUUGCUAGCUAACCUAGUUCACUUGUACAGUAACACACUACCUUUACUGGAAAGAUAGCAUGGGUCUCCAGGCUCAGUAAUGGCCAACUCUACUGAUGCAGAAGUAUUUAGGGAUGUUUUUUCCAUUCAUUGCACUAAAGACUAAACCAGGUCAAAUUUAUCUAGGAAAAAAAGGUGUGUAAGAUUUGUUUUGUUUUUGUCUGUUAAGAAUAAGCUACUAAAUAAAAUGGAUGACUCUUUGGUUGUCA